AUGAAUAACAAGUCUUUAAAUCUGAACACCAGUCCACCUCCUCGGGUUGGCGGCGGCGGCUCCGGGACCGUGGACCAUGAACUCGUUAUCACUUCUACUUUCGGGACGCUUCUCUCCGUUGUCUAUAUAAUCGGGGUCUCGGGGAAUGUAUACACACUGGUGGUGAUGUGUCACACGAUCCGUUUCGCCACUUCUAUGUACAUCUCCAUCAUCAACCUGGCUCUUGCGGACUUGCUCUACCUCUCCACCAUCCCUUUCGUGGUGUCCACCUACUUCCUAAAGGACUGGUACUUUGGAGAUGUGGGGUGCCGUAUCCUGCUCAGCUUGGACCUUCUCACUAUGCACGCCAGCAUCUUUACCCUGACUGUCAUGUGCACGGAGCGCUACCUGGCCGUCACCAAGCCGCUGGACACGGUGAGGCGCUCCAAGAGUUAUCGCAAAGCUCUGGCGUGGGGUGUGUGGCUGCUUUCGCUGGUGCUCACUGUGCCUAUGAUGAUAAUGGUCGCUCAGACAACUAAAAGCACACCGGACGGGGGUAUAAAAAGGAUGUGCGCACCCACAUGGGCGCCACUGGCUUAUAAAGUUUACGUAACGGUCCUGUUUGGCACCAGCAUCAUGGCCCCGGGGCUUAUCAUCGGUUACCUGUAUGUCAAGUUAGCCCGGACUUAUUUAGAGUCCCAGCGCAACUCUGUGAUCAACAAAGGCGGCAAGCGGUCACCUAAGCAGAAAGUGCUGAUCAUGAUUUUCACCAUCGUUCUGGUGUUCUGGGCGUGCUUCCUGCCCUUUUGGAUCUGGCAGCUGCUGCCUCUGUACCACUCCAAGCCGCUGAGCCUGGCCUCGCAGACUCACACCUGCAUCAACUACCUGGUCGCGAGCCUCACGUACAGCAACAGCUGCAUUAACCCUUUCCUCUACACGCUCCUCACCAAGAACUACAGGGAGUACCUGAAGAACAGGCACAGGAGCUUCUACAAGUAUACGUCGUCGUUCAAGAAGCGGCCGCCCAGCCUCUACUCGUGGGGCAAGUCUGCGUCCUCCAGCAAUCAGUUCGAGUUCAACUCCGAGACGUUGGUCAUGGGGUCACUGAAGUGA